AUGGGCAUAUCGUCCUCCAAAUCAGAUGCUAUUACCAUACGAACGAGUGCUGCUGACGUUGAGCCUCCUGCUGCUGAAGAAGCUGCUGGAGAAGAAGAAGAAGAAGACGAGAAUGCCACAGUCAUUAUACUUGGUCCUCGAUGGGUGCGUGACAGAAACACAGGACAACAAUAUGUCGAGAAGAACCGGCCCAGAGCCGAUAUGCUCGAACGGCGUGGUGAAGUAACUCAUGCUCUACGACAACAGGGAAAGCGUUUCUUUACCAGGCACAAAGACGGGACUAUGCAGAUGGACCCCAAAAGAGCAUCAAUUGAUGAGGCUGUUGUCGUCGACGCUCCAGUCGAGGCGCCUGUUGCUGCUGCCCCAGUCCCAGUCGCUGCCUGA